AUGCCUACCCGGUCUACUUCGUCGACGACAACAGAAGAGAUCAUCAAGAUGUAUGCUCCGGACACUUGGUCCCGCUGGGUCUUGGUUCCACUCUGGACCACUCAUAUCUUUCUUAUACUCUGUUUCUUCGGCCUGCAAGGCUACUUCAUGCUCAGCUUUGAUGGACAACACGGUUAUACACCUACUGCAUGGAUAGCAACCAUCUCCCUCAUAGGCAUAUGCAUGCUCUCAGAACCACUCGAGAUCGUCCUUCGAUCAUUCAAGUACCUUCAGCCUUUGACCUAUCUCGGUCUACAAAUUUGCAAAGUGUUGUUCUGGUCCAUCUACCUGGUCCUGGAUUUCAUGGACUUUACGGCAAAUUCGAAGCAGCCGCUGUGGAUGGUCGGGUUGGCCAUUGCAGCUAUCAUCACCGGAUCAUACUACGCGAGUCUGGCCUACGGCGCCUUUGUGACACAUCGACGGCUUAAGGGAGGAAGAUUCAUGCACGUGGACGAGAAUGGAGAUUUUACAACAGAACGACAUACUGGCUAUGAGAAGAUGCCUGAUCUGCCUUGA